AUGGCAGUCGACAAGGAGCCUCUAUACGAACCCCCACCUGUCCCUCACCUUCCGGAGAAGCUCACCGAGUUUCCACCUGCUCACGCUCCUUCUGUUGAACACCAACCUGUGCUCGAAGAGGUCAUCAAGUAUUUUAGUGAUGAAAGUUACGUCAUUCCUCAAACGGAGGAUGGCCAGUUGCGAGACGAGGAAAAGUUCUGGUUGUCCUAUGAAUGCAUACAUAGAUAUCUGCGAGCCACGAAAUGGGCCGGGGCCAAGACUGCAAUCACGCGUCUAGAAGACACUCUUAGAUGGCGACGAGAGUUCGGAGUAUACGAUUUGAUUACGCCCGCACAUGUGGAGCCAGAAGCUCUAACUGGCAAGAUGGUCUCAUUUGGCUAUGACGUGGACGGUCGACCGGCCUUGUACCUCCGUCCGAAGAAUCAGAACACCGAAGAGAGCAUUCGCCAAAUGCAUUUCUUGACAUGGAUGUUGGAGCGUAGCGUCGAUUUGAUGGGCCCAGGUGUGGAGAAUCUCGCUUUGAUGGUCGACUUCGCCGCGAGGGCGAAGCCGCCUUCCCUUUCUAUAGCACGUAUGACUGUGAACAUCCUUCAAAACCACUACCCCGAACGUCUUGGGCGCGCGCUGAUCGUGAACGUCCCCUUCUUUGUCAACGUAUUCCUCAAGCUCAUUGCGCCCUUUCUUGACCCCGUCACUCGUGAUAAAAUGCGUUUCAACCCGUCGUGCGUGAGCGACGGCCUGUUCACCUCGGACAUGCUUAUUGGCGAGUGGGGCGGCGACUGUCCGUUCGAGUACAAGCACGAGGUGUACUGGCCCGCGCUGGUCCAGAUGUGCGAAAAGCGGCGCGCGAAGAUGAUGGACACCUGGCGUUCGCUUGGCGGAAAGGUGGGAUUGAGAGAGUGGGACGUCAAGUGCUCCACCGACUUUAGCGGGGAUGUCAACGCGCAUGACACACCUGUGCAGACGGAUGAGACGACGGAUGAGAAAGCCGAUGAGCAGAGCUGA